AUGAUCAGCCCUACUUGGUCAUGUUCUCCCCUCACUCAACUCUGGUGUGAGCUGUUGCGUCUGUCUCAAUCAGCGUGUAUAUCGUUUGGCGCCACAUCUACCGGCGAUUGUACGAGUAUGAAUGCAGUCUCAGCAUUUGUCUCGAGGAACCUGAGCAACGUGCUGCAUGGUCAAGUUAUCGUGCCUGAUGAUCCGCCACCAUUGGAGCUCCUCUGCGGACAUGUCUCCCAGGCAUUUGCCUAUGAACCAUUCGUUGCCCACUUCAUCAUGAACGACCUUGGCAUCCCUGUUAAGACCGUGCUCAAAGGGCGGAUCCGAAGGGCUUGGCUUCAGCUCGUGCGCUGCGCCCCUUACCCGAGAUGUCUGGGCAGCGUAUACGGUCAUUUGCGUUCUAACUCUAACUCGCGCGCAUAUGCAGCUCAAGUACAUACCGAGUCCAAGCCUUGCUUUACCCAACAAGUAGAUGUCGUCAACUGGUGUGAGACUUUUGACAAGUCCACCGGCUGGUACGAUCACGUGCUCUCAGAGACCGUUUUAGAGGCCAUUGCUUUUGGUUGGCAUACCGGACCCGACGGGCCUCCCACACAAUGGUUUUGCAUCGAUAGCAGCGCCCAUGAGAUUGCGUCUUGCAUGGAACAAUAUAUUCGCAAGAAUAACAAAAACGCUAUCGCGUUCAACUCCAGAGUGACGGCUAUUGGAGUCAACAAGGAUAACACUGGCAUGGAUGUUGUCACAGACAACAAGGAUCAUCGUGUAUUCUCGCAUGUCAUCUCUACUAUCCCUUUACCCGCUCUCCGCACCAUCGACCUCAGUAAAGCUGGUCUUUCCCCCAUGCAGUCGAAUGCUCUGCGAAUGUUGAACUAUGGGCCUUCCGUCAAGAUCGGAAUGCAGUUCAGAACUGCGUGGUGGACGACUGGGACAGAUUUGAACAGAAAUCCUCCGAAUAUAGUUGGAGGACAGACGUACACCGACAUGCCUUUGUGCGCUGUCGUUUACCCUUCCUUUGGACGCGUCCAGGCCGGGACGACGACCGCACUUAUCGCCAGCUAUUGCUGGAUGCUGGAUGCUACCAGGUGGGGUGCAUUGAUAGGCAAACACGAUGUUGUCUCUAAUUCUUUGUGA